AGAGAGCAAGCGAAUCUUGCCAUUGGACAGCCUGCCCGUCCUUCUUCUUCAUGUCCCUCCUUUCUCCCUCCCUCAUUGGGCGGGGCAGCAGUGAAGGGGCGGGGCCGAGGCCGGGCUUGUGGCGCGCUGCUCCCUCCUCCUUACCCCCCCCCUCCCUGUCCGGUCCGGGUUCGCUUGCCUCGUCAGCGUCCGCGUUUUUCCUGGCCCCCCCCAACCCCCCCGGACAGGACCCCCUUGAGCUCGUCCCUCAGCUGCCACCAUGAGCGACCAAGAUCACUCCAUGGAUGAAAUGACAGCUGUGGUGAAGAUUGAAAAAGGAGUUGGUGGAAAUAAUGGGGGCAAUGGUAAUGGUGGUGGUGCCUUUUCUCAGGCUCGAAGCAGCAGCACAGGCAGUAGCAGCAGUGGAGGAGGAGGAGGGCAGGAAUCCCAGCCAUCCCCUUUGGCUCUGCUGGCAGCAACUUGCAGCAGAAUUGAGUCACCCAAUGAAAACAGCAACAACUCCCAGGGCCCAAGCCAGUCAGGGGGCACAGGUGAGCUUGACCUCACAGCCACACAACUCUCACAGGGUGCCAAUGGCUGGCAGAUCAUCUCUUCCUCCUCUGGGGCUACCCCUACCUCAAAGGAACAGAGUGGCAGCAGUACCAAUGGCAGCAAUGGCAGUGAGUCUUCCAAGAAUCGCACAGUCUCUGGUGGGCAGUAUGUUGUGGCUGCCACGUCCAACUUACAGAACCAGCAAGUCCUGACAGGAUUACCUGGAGUGAUGCCUAAUAUUCAGUAUCAAGUAAUCCCACAGUUCCAGACCGUUGAUGGGCAACAGCUGCAAUUCGCUGCCACUGGGGCCCAAGUGCAGCAGGAUGGUUCUGGUCAAAUACAGAUCAUACCAGGUGCAAACCAACAGAUCAUCACAAAUCGAGGAAGUGGAGGCAACAUCAUUGCUGCUAUGCCAAAUCUACUCCAGCAGGCUGUCCCCCUUCAAGGCCUGGCUAAUAAUGUACUCUCAGGACAGACUCAGUAUGUGACCAAUGUACCAGUGGCCCUAAAUGGGAAUAUCACCUUGCUACCUGUCAACAGCGUUUCUGCAGCUACCUUGACUCCUAGCUCUCAGGCAGUCACUAUCAGCAGCUCUGGGUCCCAAGAGAGUGGUUCACAGCCCGCCACCUCAGGGACUGCCAUCAGUUCUGCCAGUUUGGUAUCAUCACAAGCCAGUUCCAGCUCCUUUUUCACCAAUGCCAAUAGCUACUCAACAACUACUACCACCAGCAACAUGGGAAUUAUGAACUUUACCACCAGCGGAUCAGCAGGGACCAACUCUCAAGGGCAGACACCCCAGAGGGUCAGUGGGCUACAGGGGUCUGAUGCUCUAAACAUCCAACAGAACCAGACAUCUGGAGGCUCUCUGCAAGCAAGUCAGCAAAAAGAGGGAGAGCAGAACCAGCAGACACAGCAACAGCAGCAAAUUCUUAUCCAGCCUCAGCUUGUUCAAGGGGGACAGGCUCUCCAGGCCCUCCAAGCAGCACCAUUGUCAGGGCAGACCUUUACAACUCAAGCUAUCUCCCAGGAAACCCUCCAGAAUCUCCAGCUUCAGGCUGUUCCAAACUCUGGCCCCAUCAUCAUCCGGACACCAACAGUGGGGCCCAAUGGACAGGUCAGUUGGCAGACUCUUCAGCUGCAGAAUCUCCAAGUUCAGAACCCACAGGCCCAGACAAUCACCUUGGCCCCAAUGCAGGGCGUUUCCUUGGGGCAGACCAGCAGCAGCAAUACCACCCUUACACCCAUUGCCUCAGCUGCCUCCAUCCCUACCGGCACAGUCACUGUGAAUGCUGCUCAGCUCUCCUCCAUGCCUGGCCUCCAGACCAUUAACCUCAGUGCAUUGGGUGCUUCAGGAAUCCAGGUGCACCAGCUUCCAAGCCUGCCCUUGGCUAUAGCAAAUGCCCCAGGUGAUCAUGGAGCUCAGCUUGGCCUCCACGGAGCUGGUGGUGAUGGAAUACAUGAUGACACAGCAGGUGGAGAAGAAGGAGAAAACAGCCCAGAUCCCCAACCCCAGGCUGGUCGGAGGACCCGGCGUGAAGCAUGCACCUGCCCCUAUUGUAAAGAUAGUGAAGGAAGGGGCUCUGGGGAUCCUGGCAAAAAGAAACAGCACAUUUGCCACAUCCAAGGCUGUGGGAAAGUAUAUGGCAAAACCUCACACCUACGGGCACACUUGCGCUGGCAUACAGGCGAGAGGCCAUUCAUGUGUACUUGGUCAUACUGUGGGAAGCGCUUUACACGUUCAGAUGAGCUACAGAGACACAAACGCACACACACAGGUGAGAAGAAAUUUGCCUGCCCUGAGUGUCCCAAGCGCUUCAUGAGGAGUGACCACCUGUCAAAGCAUAUCAAGACCCACCAGAAUAAGAAAGGAGGCCCAGGUGUAUCCCUGAGUGUGGGCACUUUGCCCCUGGACAGUGGGGCAGGUUCAGAAGGCAGUGGCACUGCCACCCCUUCAGCCCUUAUUACCACCAAUAUGGUAGCCAUGGAGGCCAUCUGUCCAGAGGGUAUUGCCCGUCUUGCCAACAGUGGCAUCAACGUCAUGCAGGUGGCGGAUCUGCAGUCCAUUAAUAUCAGUGGCAAUGGCUUCUGAGAUCAGGCACCCGGGGCCAGAGACAUAUGGGCCAUACCCAUCAACCCUGGGAUGCAAGGUAGCAUGGGUCCAAGAGACAUGUGGGAGAGAGAGCCAUGAGGCAUUAAAAUGCAUGGUGGUGGGAAGAAUUUGGGGGAGGGAUACAAGAGAAGAGAUGGGGUCCUGGCACCCACCUAUAUCAUCAGUACCUCCUUGAAGUGGGAAACAUUAGUGAAAAUUCUGUUGGUGCCACCCUUUGAUGGGCAUUUGUUUGACCCCAAACAGUUUCUUAUACUUCUUACCCCAGCCUCCCCUUCCUGCCUUUCCCUUCUCAGCUCCCCCAUGAUGGAUCCCCCCCCCUUUCCUAAAGCCAUCAUGCCUUGAUAAAUAUAUAUGAUCAUUGAAAUACUUUUUAACAAAAAAAAAAAUACCAGAUUCUAUAUUAUAUAUAUAUACAUAUAUAUAUAUAUAUAUAUAAAAGAUAUAUAGAGAUGCAUUUGCAGGGGUUGGCUGGGAGGAGGAAGGAGACCAUUCUGUGACCAAAAUACCUUGGUCAUUUUUUAUAUUGCCUUAUUUCCCUAUGGCUGAGCCUUGUUGUGACACAUCAAGCUUUUCUAGAGAUGUUGUCUUGGCUUCCCACCAGAUUAAGCAUUCAUAUGCUCUGCUUUUAGUUUAUAUACACAUACAUAAUGUUUUUCCUUUCUUAAUUUUGUCUUUUUAUUUGGGAUCAGCUUCUUGCACUCCUUUCUUGACUCAACCUUUCUGUCUCCCUUUCUCUCACCUGAUUGCUUCAUAUUUUGGUAAUGAUCCCUGGAUGAGGCACUUCUGUCAACCUUUUAAGGUUCUUGGUCCCAGCAGCAGAAUGGAGAGCCUUGAAGCCCAGGCUGAUGCUUGAGGUAGCUGUGGAGAGAGUGUUCAAAACUACUACUGACGCAGGCACCCUCUUGGCGCUGGAGAGUCAAAGGCACCUCUUCUCAUCAGCUGCUGUAAGCAUCAAGAGUCAGAAGUCUUUCUGUGGAAUUGUACAAGAGACCCUUUAAAGGUUAUAAUCUGGGAUCAAUUUGUAUAAACUGUCAAAAGUGGUCAAAUAAUAUGUAGGGGCUUUCAAUAGGAAAAUGAUGCGCUCAAAAGUGGAAGUGACUCAGAGUAGUCCAGUUCAGGAAUUAGUGGAGUAUUUGGACUUUUGUACAGCUGUCUUCCAAAGUAGGUCUAAACUUUGGUAUGGGUUUCUGAGGUCACAUUCUGAAAGGAAAUGCACUUCCUCUUUUGAACAUCCCUGGUAGUUUCUUUCUCAUGUUAUUAAGGAGCAUCAGCCAAUAAAUCUGUUCCAGGUUUCCAUUCUGCAGAGCUCCAGAGUCUGUACCCGUGGCAAGGCAGUGGUUCUUUGAUCUUUUCUCUUAAUUCUUCCUUGGGUGGUUCCUAAGGGAAAAGGAAGCACACGAUCAUGGGAACAACAGCCCAGAACAAAAAGAAAUCUUGUCUUACCACUGUGGUUUAUAGGAGAGAUUGGGAGACACCAUCCUGCUUUCUCCAUGGCCUGAUUCUUGAAGAGACUGAUCCAAAAAUUAUAGCGGCAGGGAACUCUUAGUGCAUUUGGCACUGAGACUUAAAUGCAACCAGAGUUGUCCUCAAGGCCCAGCCAUUAAAACAUUGUCUCUCUUGACCUUCUGGUAUCUGUCAGAGAGCUUUUCACUGUGAGGAAGUGUGGAAAUGGCUGUGUGUAUGUGUGUAAUCUGUUAGAUUGGGGAUAGGUUUUCUGUUAGCCUAUACUAAAAGAGACCUGCAAUAAAAAAUUGCCCUGAUCUGAUAGAAAAUGAAGUGUUUGUGUAUGACUGUGUGUGAGUGUGUUUUGUGCCUGUAUAUAUCUACACACAGAUGAGAAAUUAUAUUUGAAAUUGUUGGAAAAUAAAUCAAAUUCAGCUCAAAAUGCCUUUCAGGCCCAUUACCUAGAAAUCUGUCUUAAAACCUGGGUAUGUUCCUGAGGUCAUUUCUUUGCUUAUGCUAAAUUAGCUACAAUUAUGAAUGGGGGAUAUUCUACUGCACUUUUUAAAAAGAAACUAUUUUUGUGUUUGAAAGGAAACCAACAUCCAGAUCUAUAGCAGAGUCCUAGUUUCUUUCAUAAACCUUUUUACCUUGACUACAAAUAGAUGAUGCUUUGAUUCUAUAUAUUUUAUAUAAAAUCUAUCCAAAUUAGUGUCUGGGUAAGCUUGUGUUGUUGUUUAACCUGAAAUACAAUAACUGUUAAUAUCCUGAACAGUAGUUCACUCCAUUUGGUCCUUCCUCUCCAGACUUAAUACACUCAGGAACUAUUGCGAGAAACUUUCCCCAGAUCAAAUUCUGUUAAUACUGAAGUAAAAGUCAUCCAUGCCCCGCCACUUAUCACACACCCUUUAUUCCCACUGAAAGGCAGAACUCAACCUAUUAUUUUAUAUCUGUAAUCAUGUAUAUAGGCAUCUUUUGGAGGAAAAGGGCAGUAUAACUCACUGGAGCGUGCAGUAUUUUGCUGGAGCAUUUCAAAGAAUGGAAUCUUCCCCAGUAUGAAAUUAUUUGCUAUAAACUAGCUUAAUGAUGCUGAGGACUUAUAAGCGUUUAGAAGGUUAUUUGGUGAUGAUUUUCUCUGGGAUGGAAUGCUGGUUUACCUUCAGUCCCCUUCAUUAACCUUGUUGUAAGUGAAUUCAUAGUCAGUUCUUUCCACAUACCCUUUUGGAGGCUCCAGAUCCAGUAUCUUGUUUGGCCCCCAAACUGAAGCAGCUUCUGCUCUUGUCUCCCAGUAGCAGGGAGCUGCUCAGUCUUUUCCACAGGGAGUGAGGAGCCUACAUUCCUUAAGACGGGAGCUUACUGCUGAAAAUCCUUUCCCUGAACUUUUUGGCCAGCAGAAAUCAAUGUAACUGACAGGUAUAUUCUCAAAUACCUUUCAUGAGUUGCUUUUUUAUUUAAAAAUGUUAAAUGACCAAGCCUGUGAGGCAGGAGAUGCCCAGAGGACUGGUAAUAUUAAAGCACUCAUUCCCUUGUCCUUUCAGGUUGCCCAUACACAUUCAUCUGUGUGUCAUUUGAUUGUCUCACUUUUAACCCAUAGCAGUAACAACCCACACCAUCUUCCUUCAGGGACCUCCCAGCUAGCACCCUGUUUGUGGGUGCUAUGCAGAAUGCAAUUUAAUGGAUAUUUCUCAGCCUGACUCAGAAUAAAUAGAACACAGAACCCUUGAUCCCAGAAAAUAUAGACUGAAGUGUGGGGUAAAGAUUAUGAUUGGGGGAGGGUUAGAGACAAAAGCUGUAAAUUACUAUGGCUGAUUGAUUUAUUUCUACUAUAUACAUAUAUAUAUAUAUAUAUAUUUUUUGCUUUUGUAUAUCCUAUAUAGGAAACUAAGCAUUGUAUUUUUUUAACAAAUCUGAGAAAGCACUAUGAACUGCAGAUGUUUGACUUUCAGAAUAUAUUUUGUAUUGUUAAUAUCUUCACACUGUGUGAAUACUGGAAGCUGCAGAUCUUUGCUAGGACGCAAUAAAUUUAUAUACUUUUUGAGGGGUUCUUCUGGGGGUAUUAAUCAGGCCCCUGUUACACUUCGGGGGAGCCCUGGUGCUACUCGCUUAGAGUUUCAUUCAAUUGUAAGUACCCUGAUGCCUUUUGGACCUUGGGAUCAGACCAAACAAGUUUUGGAGAUCCCAGUACCAAGGAAAUGAGGAUGGUCUAGCUGCCUCAAGUGAGGGGCCCUUAGCAUAGCUCUCCUUCCCCCUAUUCAAAGCUGGGUAGCCUCUUAGGGUUGGGAAGAGAAAUGUGAAAUCUCAGAGUUUCAUCUCCCUUAGAAGAGAGCCAGUAACUUAAUAUGCAAGGAUGAAAGGUGGCAGCAGUAGUUUUGGGGAAAGGGAGGAGGAUAUGGCAUUUCUCCAACCCCGGAAAACAUUGCUUUUGAAAACUGCUGAUAAAAUGUGGGCAGGUUAUUACUUUUGUUUGGGAGCAUGUGUUCUCUCUGGUGCCUCUCUUGGCUCUCCUCCUGGGGUACAGACCUUUUCUAGGAGGAUGAGCAGACCAGCUUUGAGGUUGACCUGUUUCUUUUCUUUUUCUGCCUUCCCUAAACACCAGCCCCCGGGCGGACAUUGAACAGCCUUAAGCUUAAAUUCCUACUCCCUCUUUCCAGUUUGGCUCACUUGCCUUAGAUUGAAGGCUAGGCAAGGGGAAAAAAGGGGGUCCCUGGCUUCAUUCCUCCCUUAUGUCUUCUCCAGUUUGACGUCCCCAAACCCAGAAAGAUUUCCUCUACCACGUUCAUUUGAGAGAAAUGAGUACAUUGUCCUAUUUUCCUCUUUCCUUAUUGUCAGACAUCCCCAGUCUUCUUUGUCCCUGCUAAGUGAGAAGAGGUGUGGUGAUCUGUCCCUCAACUCCCUUCAGUAUCAAAAAACAUAACAAAUGGGGUUAAGCUGGGGCUGCAGGUGGUGAGGACUCUGUUGAUACCUCUCCUGGGGUGUGUGUUUUCCUCUGUCUCACCUUCAGGAAUUACACUGUGCCUUCUCCACAGGGGAAUGGGCUUUAUCUACGCUGCCCUUCACUCUCCCAGCAACUGCUCUUGAACGGUGUGGACUAGGGCAGGCCUUCACCUUUUCCUCCCAAUGACGUCCUGUACCCUCACCUGGAGUCCAGGGUACAAAGACUCUGGGGGGAAGAUGGGGAUAAUAUGCUGAGAUUGACCUGAGGAGACCAUCUCUACACACACCAAUGGCAGCUGCCCCAGGGCCUGCUUCCUCUUCCCGGGUCUGUCAUCCUCUGGGAGGGAGGGGCAGUGCUCCAGUCUCCGGUGCCUACAACAGGUUUCUCUUUCUCAACACUGGCGAUAACCAGUCUCCAUACCACUGUUGCCUUUUUAAAUCUCUUAAUAUUCUCAUGCUGUGUUUGUUGUUGAUUCCAAUCUGAUUAUCACCAGGGCUGUGUGGGGAAAUACUUCUAAAUGCGCUCUCAUCUUUCUUGCUCUUUUUUUCCCCCCUGAUCUUAUGUAUGUAUGAUGCUAAUCUCUUGUCUUUCAGUUUCUUCCUGCUCUUUUGUAUCUUCCUUUCUUGUCUCUCCCCCUACCUUUUGUCUCUGGGUGUUUUGGGGCUUUUUUUUUUUUUUUUUUUUUUUUUUUUGCCUUUUUUGUACAAAGAUUAGUUUCAAUGUAGUCUGUAGCUCCUUUGUAAACCAAUUAAAAAAAAGUUUUUUUAAUAAAAAGCCACGUCUCUGGUGUGUUGACAGGGUGGGAAUGGGGAGAAAUAUGGUUGUGAUUUCAUAUACUGAACCCAACAAAGGUUUCCAGGUACACCAUUGUGCUGUCAUACAUGUUAAUACAAUUGCCCUACACUUAACUCCCAGGCAAACAAUUUCAUGACCAUAUCAAUGUACCAUGAGUACAUAGAAAUGUGGAGGACCAAGAGAAACGGGGCAGGCCCAACCUCUUUUUUUUGUUGUUGUGUAUAAGCUUUUUAUUUUGGAAUACGUUUAAAUUUAAAGGAAAGUUGCAAAGAUAGUGCAGAGAGAUUCCAUGUACUCCUUACCCAGUUUUUUUCUAUUGUAAAUAUUCUGUGUUGUCAAAUCUCAGAAACUGACACUGGUACAUUCUAUUAGCUAACCCCUAGGCUCUAUGGGUUUCACAUUUUCUCAUUGAUGUCCUCCUGUUCCAGAAUCCAUUCUGGGAUGCUACAUUGCCUUUAGCUGAUACUCUUCCCAAGUCUCCUCUGGUCUGUGACAAUUUCUUAGUCUUUUCUUAUUUUUCAUGACCUUGACAGUCUGGGAGUAUUGGCCAAGUGUCUUGUAGAAUAUCCCCCAAUCUGAAUUUUUCUGAUGUUUUGUCAUUAUUAGAUUGAGCUUAUAGGUUUUUGGAAGAAACACCACACAGGUGAAAUGAUGUGAAAUGUCCUCAUCACAUCCUAUCAAGGGUCAUAGCCACAUGACCCUACUGAUGAUAGUCUUCAUCACUUGGUUAAGAUAAUGUUUGUCAGAUUUCUCCACUGUUUUUCUUUCCCUAUUCUUUGGAAGCAAGUCAGUAAAUCUAGCCCACCCUUAAUGGAGUUGGUAGGAAUUAAGUUUCCCUUCCUAGUGGAAAUAGUAUCUAUGUAGAGUAUUUGGGAUUCUGUGAGAAAACGAUCUUUUCUCCCCUCACUAUUAAUUUAUAUUGGUAUGUACUCAAUGUAUAUUUAUUUUAGACCUGAUCUGUAAUUCAGUACUAUAUUAUUUUCAUUGCUCAAACUGUCCCAGCUUUGACCAUUGGGAGCUCUUUCAGGUUGGCUCCUGUGUCUCUUUGAUACAUCUACAUCCUUUUACUUUUUUGAGCACUUUUUAAAGAACUUUCUGAAGUACAAGAUGCUUCAUGUUUAUCUUGUAUUUUCCCUGUCCUAGCCUUAGGAUCAGCCAUUUCUCCAAGGACCCUUAGUUCUUUAUUGGAGAAUGGUAUUUAGAAACUAAGAUGUAGCCCCAACGUAUUUUACAUCAAUUAAUACCAGUCUGUGUCUAACAUGAUCGAAUCUAGAUUAUGGCCCCAUCUGAAACUGAAGUUGAAGUUAUUCUGACAGUCUUUCCACUUCCCAACAGCCUAUGGCUUCACUUCCCUUCCUACCUAUCCAAGAAUCCUUGGUCACUUGUUUAUACUGUGGCUACCAGCAUUCUCAGUCAAUUGUGUUCAUUUGACUACCUUUGCUUUGUCAGUCACUCAGCCAUGGCUAAACUCAGCCAUUGGAUUUCCUUAUGUAGCCACUAGCGAUACAACAUUUUAACAUUUGACUUUAAUGGUGCGGGGGAGGAUUUUUUGGUUUUGGGCUCUUGUUUUGGUUUUGUAGCUCUAAAUGGGCCUUUAAUAUUUGUGUCAUCUAUGCAUUCAGUAAACAUGUAUUGGGCCCUUACUGUGUCCUGGGUACUAACCUAGUUUGAGGAUAAAAAAUGACAGGUCCUGCCAUCAAGUACUUCAUAGUCGGGUGAAAGAGAGACACCAUUAAUUGCAGGUUUCCCAAUCCUGACCCCAUUUUUUUAGCAGAUGAUUUACUUCCUAUUACACGGAGAUGAUGAAUUUCUUUACUUCCCUUUCCCUACAUUUAUAUAGUCACUGAUACUAGUUUACCUCCUUAUCUUUUCUUGGGAGUGAAACAGUUUGCCUUUGCAAGGCCAGCACUGCCAUUUGUGCACUCAACCUCACUUGUUUUGAUGAUAUUUUCCCCUUUCAUCUUCAGUCUCUCCUGGGUUCCCUUUUGUCACCCUGUAAGCAUGUUAUCUGUCCCUCUGUCCUUCUGCUUCCACUUGUGAACUUCAGAUCUAGUCUCUUUUGAUUGCCACAGUUAGUGCAAGUAGUUUACACUUAGUUCUUCUCUUUUAUUCACCCCUCAGGCCACUGUGUUCAGCACCUAUCAUUUACGAAAUUGUUUCUUAGAAACGUCAGCGAUCUGGUUGCCAGCUCCAGUGGUCUUUCAGUCCUUUGCCUCUUAGACCUUACUAAGAAGCAACCAUGUGCAUCUCAGAGCUCUGGUCCCUUGGAGUGUGGGGCUAAUAACUCCUCGUUCUCCUUCAGCCUUUCUGACUCUUUGUCUCCUUCAUAGCUACUUCUGUCCCUUAAAUGUUGGUGUCCCUGUCGUGUGUCCUUUCCCUUACUCUGCCUUUCACCCCUUUAAACAAGUUGUAUCCACUCUUCAGCUAUCCCAAAUUUUAAGCCCAACCUUUUCUCUCAACCUGGCAGACUGCUUACAGGACAUUUUCAUCUGGAUGUCCCACAGAUAACUCAAAAUGAACAUGUAAGACGGGGAAAUAAUCCUUUAUAUUCCCCAUCCCACUUAACAGUGUUACUACCCCUUGAUCAUUUAUACUUGAAACCUCAGAAUCAUCUUUCAAUUCUCUUUCAAAUACCAACAUUCAUUUGAUUACCAAUCCUGUCAAUAUUACCAAUACAGUGUAUCUCAACUUUAUCUCUCUUUAUUUCCACUGUUCUAGUACUCACCUUGGCUAGUGCUCAGGUCUCAUAACUGAUCUCCCUGCUUCUAGUCUCCCCAAGCCAAUCAUCCAUCUUCCGCACUGCCACCAAAUCCCUCCCUAAAAUUUUUUGCUUUUAGGAGAAGUCUAGUCUCCUUGAUAGAAACUUGAAAACCUUUCCAAUCUAGGGUGCUUUUCUUCUUCAUAUCUCAUACCCCUUUCUCCUGCUUACUCUCCCUGCCCCCAACACACACCCUGUAGGUACUUUUCUUCCCUUGUCUGCCCUGGACAGAAUUAACUUAUUUGAUCUUUCUCCUUAUAUAGCUCCUUGCCCAUACCCCUAGUCUGACACGUAAUUUUCUGGUUGCUUGUUGAUGUAUCUUCUUGCCUUUCUAGACUCUGAGAUCCUGGAGGGCAGGAAUCACACAUCUCUUUGUAGACCCAGCACCUAGUGAAAUUCCUUUUUAAGACUGAGACCUAAGGGCGCCUGGCUGGUUCAGUUGGAAGAGCACGAGACUCUUGAUGUCAGGGUCGUGAGUUUGAGCCCCACCUUGGAUGUAGGGAUUACUUCAAUUAAAAAAACAAAACAACAGAAUAGAUAUUUCUGAGUUAAGUGAAUAAACAACUCACUUUAGCCCUGUAGACAUGGGGGUCACAGGUAACUUACUGGGCCACUGCAGACUUGAAUCGGGAUCCUGAUGAAGAUCUUUGUGUAUGUGGAAUCCAGGGAGACUUUAUUUCUAUACUGAGGUUCUUUCUCAGGACCUUCCUAAUCCCUCAGCUCUCAGAUUCUUACCCCUUCUAUCACCACCUCACCUCAUAAACCUGGCUGGAAUGUUUCUGUCUUUGAAAAGGAGUAGUUAUCCAAGGCUUUGGGUGAGGAGACUGCCUUCCUGCCUGAUCCUUGCCUUGUUCCCCUCUGGAGGAGGUAGUCUCCUGAGACACUCCAGACACAAGAAGUUAUUUGAUCUUCAACUCCUGCCUGCCCACCUCCCCACUCCCACCCCCAGACUUAUCUGAUCUGGGAGCUGGUGAAGGAAGAUCGCUGUAACUAAGUACAACAUUCCAUCUCACUGGCAGGGCCCUGCAGACUCCCAGAAGGUCGGAGGGAGGGAUGGGCAGCUGUCUAUCUGCCUCUGGCCCUCAUCAUUCCUCCAGUUGCUCUUGCACAACUACUGGAGCUUUUACUCUUUCCUUCCUUCAUGCAGGGUCCCCAGGAGAAAGGCUCCAGAAUCAAAGAGUUGGGGCACCUGGGUGGCUCAGUCGGGUAAGGCGUCCGACUUCAGCUCAGGUCAUGAUCUCACGGUUCGUGAGUUUGAGCCCCACAUUGGGCUCUCUGCUGUCAGUGCAGGGCCCACUUUGGAUCCUCUGCCUCUCUCUCUGCUACCCCCCUGCUUGUUCUCAUUCUUUCUCUCUCUCUCUCUCUCUCUCUCUCAAAAAUAAAUAAAACAUUAAUAAAUAUAUUAAAAAAAAAAAAAAGAGUUACAGCCUCAUUCCUGGUCUAAGCCAGACCAUUGCCAGAAAGGGUUUCUAGGCAGCCACCAGGGGGACAGAGGCUAGGAAAACAGGGAACCGGUGCCCUCUGACUCUAAUUCUCAUGGGAGCCAACUGCUCACAGAUGUGGAAAUGAUUACCUAUUACUGUAAUGUCUUACUCUGGGGAAGAGUCUGGUGGAGCUGGACUCCUGUCUCCUAUUGCACCACAAACCAUAGACUACUUCCAUCUCCAUGCUGACGUUCCCACUGUAUACCCUGUGCUCUCCCUUCACGUUUUAACAGUCUCUGCAGUUUAGUAGAUACAGGAGAUGUGAUACUAGUCCUCAGAGGAGGCUGGCCCUUUUUGCCCCCAGGAAGCAUCCUGAGUUUCUCCUAUGUCUGCUGACCUCUGGUGGCGAUAGUUUGAACUGGACCCUCCUUGUCUAGUUAGUGCCUGCUGGCAGGUAAUGAAUGGUGUACAUUUUCUCAGCCAUCCAAAUUCAAAUAUUCAAACACUGUAUCAAAUGGAAAUAUUUUUUACUGCUGAAUUUUUUGUUUUCAGGCCUCAUGACAUAAUGUAAAGAACAGAGCCUGGGCUUUGGAAUCAGACUUACCUAGGUUCAGGUCCUAGCUCUGUUUCCUAGCAGAGUGACCUUGGGCAAGUUACCUAAGCUUAGCUUUCUUACCUGUAAAGUGAAAAUAAUAAUAAAUAGCUCAAUGGGAAAAUGAGAUGAUUGUAAAAUGCAUAGCCCUAGCUGUGCCAUAGCACAUAGGUGCUCAAUAAAAGUUUGUUACCUUCUCAAUAA